AUGCAUCUGCCAUCCGCUCUCGGACUCUCGCUCUUGGCGCUUGCCAGCGCUCAACAAGUCGGUAAAGAGCAGACCGAGACGCACCCCAAGAUGUCAUGGAAGAAGUGCACCAGUGGAGGCUCAUGCACCACGACUAACGCCGAGGUCGUCAUCGACGCUAACUGGCGAUGGCUGCACGGCACCUCCGACACCAAUAACUGCUACGAUGGCAACAAGUGGACGUCGGCAUGCAGCACCGCCACGGACUGUGCAUCCAAGUGCGCCCUCGAGGGUGCCGACUACAGCAAGACAUACGGCGCCUCCACCAGUGGUGACGCUCUCACGCUCAAGUUCGUUACUAAGCACGAUUAUGGCACCAAUAUCGGCAGUCGAUUCUACCUCAUGAAUGGUGCCUCAAAGUACCAAAUGUUUACACUACUGGGCAACGAGUUCACCUUCGACGUUGAUUUGUCGACUGUUGACUGUGGUCUCAAUGCUGCUCUCUAUUUCGUAGCCAUGGACGAGGAUGGUGGUAUGGCCAAGUACUCCACCAACAAGGCUGGUGCCAAGUACGGUACAGGAUACUGCGAUGCUCAAUGCGCUCGUGAUCUAAAGUUCGUUGGUGGCAAGGCCAACGUGGAGAACUGGCAGCCAUCUUCCAAUGACGCCAACGCCGGUGUUGGACCGUACGGCGCUUGCUGUGCCGAGAUCGAUGUCUGGGAGUCCAAUUCUCACUCCUUCGCUCUUACUCCGCAUCCAUGCACUGAGAACACAUACCAUGUCUGCGAGACCGACACCUGUGGUGGCACAUACUCUGACGACCGCUUCGCUGGCAAGUGCGACGCCAAUGGUUGCGACUACAACCCUUAUCGCAUGGGCAACACCGACUUCUACGGAAAGGGCAAGACUGUGGACACGAGCAAGAAGUUCACCGUUGUCACUCGUUUUGAGACGAACAAGGUCUCUCAAUUCUUCGUGCAGGAUAACAAAAAGAUCGAGAUCCCAGCCCCGACCUAUGAAGGUUUGCCCAGCAGCAGCAACAUCACUCCCGACUUCUGCGAGAACCAGUUCAAGGUCUUUGGCGACCGCAACCGCUUCAGCGAGGUCGGAGGUUUCGACCAGCUCAACAACGCAUUCAAGGUGCCCAUGGUCUUGGUUAUGUCUAUCUGGGACGAUCACUAUGCCAAUAUGCUGUGGCUUGAUUCUACCUAUCCUCCUGAGAAAGAGGGACAGCCCGGGGCCGCUCGCGGCGACUGCGCGCAAGACUCUGGCACCCCAUCUGACGUCGAGAGCUCAAUCCCCAAUGCCAAGGUUGUCUGGUCGAACAUCCGCUUCGGCCCUGUUGGAUCCACUGUUACGGUCUAG